GAUCGUGGAGGUAAUUCUUACAUCUGAUAUUCUGCAAUCACCUUCAGAAUUUUCAGCGAGUGUGGAUUUAUACUAGGUGAUUUUAUGCAGUAUUUGAUGAGGAUUUGAUUAACUGUUUGAGCUGAGAACUCUCUUCUACUACUGUAUUUAUUCUGAUGAUCUAAAAUGAGAAGAACUGGGGUAUCACGGGCUGGCCUACCUUCGGCCACUGCCUCUAAAAGAAUGAGCGUUACCUCUAUGAUGGGAAAUGACAAGUUGAAAGGUGCCAAGAAGAAGGAUGGAACACCAGAGAAAGCUACCAGUCCCAAUCUGUCACAGUCUCAGAUGGAAGAUGAUCUACCUCCAUCGAAACAAAUCAUAAAUGGAGAGGAUAUACAAGCAUUGGCCAUUGACCCAGAUAAACUGAGAGAGGUCCAUAUUCCAAAGCCACCCUCUGCUGAGAGAAGAAGAACACCUACUAAACCAGUAAUGGUCAGAAAACAUAAACCUAAAUCUGAGAUUGAGAAACCAAAACUAAACGAAUUACUAUAGCUAAACCAGCUCCACCUGAUGCACCAUUGAAACCAGUCGACUAUACAGGUAGUGCAGGUCCAAGAUUUGAUGCCUUUGGUAACAUCAUACCCCAUAGCAUUCUGGGUAGUGUUGAAGAGUUUAAAGCAGAGGCGUUAAGACAAGGACAUUUAGCUAGUUAUCCUGAGGCAAAAGAGAUUGAUCUACGUCCUAGAACACCAAGCGUAAAGUUUGAAAAGAAGAAAAGAUCAUCAGCUGUUCCACCACAGAACCCGUUAUUAGAUGAGAAUAAUGCAUUGAAGAAUUGGCAGCAAAAGAUGUUGGACAGAAAGAAACAGCAGGGUUAUAUAUCAAAGUUACUGCAGAAGCCAGUAGAACAUUUAGUGAUGAAUCAAGCUGAGGAUUACAGAAAGAUACAGGAAGAAAGAUACUUGAUAGAUAGAUCUAUACCAGCUGUGGACUACGGCAAGGGAUACCGUGUUGGUAGUGAGUUCUGGAAGCAAGUAGAGAAGGUUGGUGAUGAUAUUACUGGUAUACAGAUGACACUGCUGCAGACUGAGCGAGGAUACCCACCACCUAUUGAGCAUGUUGGCAAUCCUAAUGUUGUACAGAAAGAGAAAGGUACAAGCUGGGAGUGUGGUAGAACUACACCUGUCAACUACCCAUGGAAGAAAUCUCAGUAUUUACAUCAUAGGAAGCAGCAGAUAGAACAAGUUAUGAAUGAAUUGGAUCCACACAAACCUGAAAUGGAUUAUCUGCAAGUUGUUGGAAGUAAUAAGCCUGUGAGACUGAAUGAAGAUGAUGAACAGGAAUCUUUACAGGAUGCAACUAUAACUGAAAUGCCAGAAGAAGACAACUUGGACCCAUUGCGUGACCAACCAGACAUACCACAUCAGGUAAUUGGACCUGCCUUGUUGUUUGAUGGAUUCCCUGCUAGAUGGACUGGUGAUAGCUGUACACACAAGGAUGAUAUAGCACACACUGCUAGAGUGACAUUUGAAGCAUUUGCUGGUGAAAGGAUUACAUCUUGUUUGCAGCUAGUGAACGAUGGUACAACUACUAUCUACUAUGAUUGGAAGUUAAUCCCCAAAUCCAAUCCAUUGGAGACUGUAUUGAGUGGUAAUGUACAGAGAUUUUACUUCAACACCAGCAGUGGAGUCUUACUUCCUGGAGAUACUCUCAAGUUUCCAUUUGUGUUCAAGUCACCCAAUGCCGGUAUAUUCAGUGAGACAUGGCAGCUGAUAACAAGACCUGCUGUACAUGGAGGUGCUGCUUUAAAAGUCACUCUCAGAGGUGUGGCAUUGCAGGAAGAUAAAAAUAAGAAAGUCAGGAAUGAAAUUGAGAGAGAGUUGGCUCACAAGCAAGCACAGAUGGCUAUCAAGAAGAUUGUAGAUGAUUUAGUAGAAGGUAUUCGUACACCAGAAAGAGCUAGGUCUCCUAUUGAUGCUUAUAUCACUGAUGAAGAAAUAUUUGAAAGAUUGAACCCUGGUAUGCAUUACACCAAUGACAUUGUCUAUGAACUAAGUCAACUUUACUUGGAACAAUUCCCUGAAGAAGAAAGAGAGGAUCAACAAUGGGAUCUGUCGCUUACAAAUGAAAAAAAUGUUUUUAGAGAUAGAAGAUGAUGAAAAACGUGAGGAUUUAUUGAUGAAAAUGAACACAGCUGCAAUGACUUUAAGAUUCCCUCCAUUUUCACCGGUACAACAACAGAUGUACAAAGUAGGGUAUCAAUGUUGGUUGGAGACUGUGGAUGGAAUAGUUGGUCAGUCUAUGUUGUUACGUAAUGCAUUGGGUAUGAAAGAUAGACAAGACGUUUAUCCUGAGAAUGAAACAAUUUUAGCAGUACUUGAAGCCAUGAGAGGUGAACCCAAGAAAAAGAAAAAAGAACACAAAGAGGAAGAAACAAAAAAAGAUAAAAAAGAUACUGGUAAAAAAGGGAAAAAGAUCAGGAAAAAGAAAAAGAUCGUCCAAAAAGCAAGGGUAAAGGUUCUAAAACACAGUCUCGUACAGCUCCAACUCCACCGCAAUCUGUCAGCAAUAAAGAUUUACAAGCAGCACACAGUGAGAGGGCUGAUCUACGCAGUCCGCAGCUUGCAUUGAAUGGUACACCAGUAUCUGAAACAGGAGAUCCAGUCUUGGAUAACAAAUAUAGAACAAAAUUAUAUGUACAGGUGUACGGUUUACUGGGUGACAUGGUAACUAAAAUGGUUACAAUGUUUGAAGAUAUUAAAAGUUAUGAAGACACUAAAGCUUUGAGUGACAACAAGUGACAGUAACACAAUAUCGACACAGUAGUUAUGCAAUGAACAAUAAGUUGAAACCGUUCAGCUCUGUCUUUCUCCUCCCCCUUUCCAUUUCUUUUGCUAUAAAUAAUUGUUUAUUACGUUGUUAUAUUAUAAUUCCAGAAUUAGAAUAUAUAUUGUACAGUUUGUAAAUACAUGUAUUUUUAUGUGAUUAGAUAUUAAUGUAUAUCAACACUGCGAUAGUCUUAGCUCAAGUAAGUAUGUGGUCCAUAUACCCUGAAAACAUCUUUUAGAAACUAUUUUGUGACUUCAACAUUUGAAGCCCUACCAUAUGGUGGUACUGUCAUGAGUGCCUCAAGCUAUUGUUAAUUGCAGACAUCUAUUAGUGGUCUGAGGGCUAAUUUAAUAAUUGAAGCACUACAACAUUGAGGUACUCUCCAGCAGUGGGCCCUCUAACACAAUAAUUUUGUAGGGGUUUUGUGUCAAAAUAGAAUCUCAAAAAUAAAGUUAGGUCAGCUAGGGAAAGAGUUCAAGAGAAAUAUGUGCCUGUUGGUGAUUUCUAAAGAUGCAAAACUAUAAUGUUGUGGCCUUGAUUUACCGGUACACUUUAUAAAACUUAUAACUUUAUAAAAUGUGAAUUUCAUUUUACCCAAAACAAAUUCCAACAGUAAGAUGGUAUUUUUUUCAGAUCAAUAUGUCAGUGUGUGAUUUUCCUUUGCAUCAAUAACAUGCCAGAGAAUGAGCAUGAGUAUUUGUGUCACAGUAAAUCUCAUUGCACUUAGAGGGCACACUGCUCCCAUGAUGCAUCUUUCCUAAGUGCACUUACUGACUGAUGCUUUUCCUUAUUGACUGAUGUCAACAAUCUAUUGCAAAAUUGUUCAAUUGAUAAGUAAGAUGCAUCAUGGGAACAUCCACCAUGUUGUGGAGCAUCAUUAUUAAAAUAACUUUAACCUUGGAUCUUGUACAAUUUUUUUUCAAUUAUAUUAACAGGGUGACAUCACUUUACCUGAACAGCUCUGAAUGACUCACACUUUUUAAUACUUGACUCAUUUUGUGGUGUUUUUUCAUCAAUGAAUAGCGCCACCAUAUGCUUGUCUGAUGAAAUGUCUCAAAAUGCCAUGCUUUGAUUAGUGUCAAUAAAAAUGAAAUAUUGUUAUUAUAAU